CCCCCCCCCCCUGCAGGCCACCAGGAGAACAACAACUUCUGCUCCGUGAACAUCAACAUUGGCCCCGGGGACUGCGAGUGGUUUGCGGUUCACGACAGCUACUGGGAAGCGAUCAGCGAUUUCUGUGAGAGUCACGGAGUGGACUACCUGACAGGGUCCUGGUGGCCCGUGCUGGAGGACCUGUACAGGGCUAACAUACCUGUGUACAGGUUCAUCCAGCGGCCGGGGGACCUGGUGUGGAUCAACGCUGGCACAGUGCACUGGGUGCAGGCUGUGGGCUGGUGCAACAACAUCGCCUGGAACGUGGGGCCCCUCACCUCGUACCAGUACCAGCUGGCUCUGGAGCGCUAUGAGUGGAACGAGGUGAAGAAGGUGAAGUCCAUCGUGCCCAUGAUCCACGUGUCCUGGAACAUCGCCCGCACGGUCAAGGUGUCCGACCCCGACGUUUACAAGAUGAUCAAGCACUGCAUGCUGCAGUCCAUCAAGCACUCGCAGAUCCUGAGGGCCCAGCUGGUCCAGGAAGGAAAGAAGAUCUCAUAUCAGAGCCGUGUGAAGGAUGAGCCUGCUUACUACUGCAACGAGUGUGAUGUGGAGGUGUACAAUCUGCUGUUCGUGACGAGUGACAGUGGCAGCCGCAAGACCUACGUGGUGCACUGUGAGGACUGCGCCCGCCGGAGGAGCGCCACGCUGCACAACGUGGUCGUGCUGGAGCAGUACAGGACUGAGGAGCUCAUGCAGACCUACGACAGCUUCACUCUGGCAUCAGCACCAAACGUGACCUGAAAAGUCUCUCCGGUGUCUAAAGCCAUAACCAAAACACAGAGCUCCUGACAGCAAGCCUUUGUUCUAUUUAUAUAUUUAAAUUUGUAUUUUUCUUUUUGUUAUUUAUUUGCUUGGU